GAGAGGCCAGCCCGACCUGGAGCCAGGCGAGCGGAGCCAAUCUCCCUCCUGGAAAGUCUCUCUCUCUCUCUCUCUUUUUUUUUUUAUUUUGCGAAAGCGGCUGGAAAAAGCCUGAACAUGCAGAGUGCGCAGAGCGUGAGUCUCGGUCUGCCCAAGCAGUGCCUCUGCCUGGCUUUCCUGCUCCUGCAUCUCGUGGGACAGGUGGCUGCGACUCAGCGCUGCCCUUCCACGUGCCCGGCCCCGUGCCCCAAGAAGCCGCCGGCCUGCGCCCCCGGGGUGAGAGCGGUGCUGGACGACUGCUCCUGCUGCCUGGUGUGCGCCCGCCAGCGCGGCGAGAGCUGCUCGGUGAUGCUGCCCUGCGAGGAGAGCCGCGGCCUCUUCUGCGACCGCAGAGCGGACCCCAGCGCCCAAACUGGCAUCUGCAUGGCGGUAGAAGGAGACAACUGUGUGUUUGAUGGAGUCAUCUACCAAAGUGGAGAGACCUUCCAGCCAAGCUGCAAAUACCAGUGCGCCUGCCAAGAUGGGCAGGUUGGCUGUGUGCCCCGCUGUGAAGAGGAUCUGCUACUGCCCCAGCCUGACUGCCCAGCUCCAAGAAAAGUUAAAGUGCCCGGGGAGUGCUGUGAAAAGUGGAUCUGUGAUUCAAAUGAGACAGGGACCUUGGGAGACCUCCAGACCCUUCCAGCCUACAGGACAGAAGCCACUCUAGGAGUGGCAGUCUCCGACUCCAGUAUCAACUGCAUUGAACAGACCACAGAGUGGAGCGCGUGUUCCAAGAGCUGCGGCAUGGGUUUUUCCACCCGGGUCACCAACAGGAAUCUGCACUGUGAGAUGGUGAAGCAGACUCGGCUCUGCAUGGUGCGGCCCUGUGACCAAGAGCCCAAGCCACCGACAGAUAAGAAAGGGAAAAAGUGUCUCCGCACCACCAAGUCACUCAAAGCCAUCCACCUGCAGUUCGAGAACUGCACGAGCCUGCACACCUACAAGCCCAGGUUCUGCGGGGUCUGCAGCGAUGGCCGGUGCUGCACCCCCCACAACACCAAAACCAUCCAGGUGGAGUUCCAGUGCUCCCCAGGGCAGAUCAUCAAGAAACCAGUGAUGGUCAUUGGGACCUGCACCUGUCACAACAACUGUCCUCAUAACAAUGAGUCUUUCCUCCAAGACUUAAAGCCAAACACCAGCAGAGGGGAAAUGUAAUAUGUCCCUUGAGACACACACCUACAGAGGCAAACUGUAGCUACCCACCAUCAAAUGAAUAUAGGAAAAAUUACAAAGAAUCAAUAACCACCUCUGAGUCUCAUAUAUUUUCUGUGGUCCUGUGAGGUCAGUUAUAUCUGUCUGUUUUUCAUUGAAAGAUAUGAUUAACUGUAAACUUGGAACCAGGGUAAGCUCAGGAUAGUGCUUAGGGAUAACUUACCUUUUUGUGGUGUUUUACUAUACAUGAAACUUAAGUAAAUAUUAGAAAUCAGAUAUAUGUUUUACUGUGUAGAUUGUAUCCCAUUACACUCAUGUUGUUAUACACAUGUUGCAAUUUCAAGACAAGGUCACUGUCAUGAAUGACACAGUGAAGUCCAAGGUCAUACUGAGCGUGUUAUCAUACAAGUAUCUCACCAUAGGUUAAAGUUUGACCCAAGGGUUCUCUGUUGAGCACUCUUUUUUGCGUAGCUCAACUCUGAACUUCAAAUUCCAAGAUCCGAAGGAACGUAGAGCUCUUCAACUUGAAAUCCAGAGAUGAUUCGUUUUCUGUGUACGUAGAAAACAAGCUGUAUUUACAGUAAUGGAAUGAUUGUUCAUUAAGUGCCCUGGUGUCAUAAACUGGCUCCAUUUCAGACAAAUUGACUCCUUUCCUAAUCAGAAACAGAAAACUCCCCCUAAUACAGAGAUGACCAGGCUCCAUGUUUAUAUAUGCUGGAGGCGCCUGGGUGGGGCUCAUUAGUUUCUUAAUUCAGAAGAAGCAGCGCAUGUCAGAAGAGAUUUUUCUCAUCUUACUGAUUAUAAACUGAGGCCCAAAGCACCUGAUCACAACCUUUGAUGACUUUCAAAUAUGCUGGUAGUGGAAUUUUGAAAAAGAAGAAUGAAAUCAAUAUGACUGCGGUGGCAAGAUACCACAAACUCUGUGGGUGUUCAGAAUGAUUGCAGACAUGCCCCAAACUUAUCCUUAAUUAUGCAAACUCAUGAGCAAGAUAUAUGUGUCUACCUACCUGUAUCUAAUUUGUCAGGCUUUAAGAUAGGCGGCAAACAUAAAUGUAUACAUCCUUCUAAUGUCACCAUAUGUGUUCAGCUUUUCUCCUUUAAAGUAUUUAUAUAAAUAUAAAUUAUACAGGUUUUUUUAUAUUCUUUUUACUUUCUCUUAUUUGUCAGAUAUUACUAAAUAAAUAUGAUCCUAUAAA